AUGGAGAAACUACUCUGCAUUCUUCAUCAGUCAGAACUGAAGCAGUACUGUGAGCAAGACGAACAGCUAGCGUGUUCAGUGUGUCAAACCUCAAAACUCCAUGAAAACCACUACUUCAGUCCCGUUGAUGAGGCAGCACAGGAUCGUAAGGAGUCCACUCUGAGGCCCUUACAGGACAAACUGACGAGAUUUACAGACGUGAAACUCGCCUGUGAUAAAACUGCACAAUACAUAAAGGUCCAGACCCAACAGACAGAGAAGCAGAUCAAGCAGGAGUUUGAGAAGCUGCACCAGUUUCUACAGGAUGAAGAGGCAGCCAGGAUAGCUGCGCUGAGGGAGGAAGAGGAGCAGAGGAGUCAGAUGAUGAAGGAGAAGAUUGAGGAGAUGAGCAGAGACAUCUCAUCUCUUUCAGACACAAUCAGAGCCAUAGAGGAGGAGAUGAAAACUGAUGAUGUGACAUUCCUACAGAACUAUAAGGACAUAGAUGAAAAAGCCCAGUGCACUCUGCAGGAUCCCGAGAGGCCUUCAGGAGCUCUGGUCAAUGUGGCAAAGCACCUGGGCAACCUGCAGUUCAGAGUCUGGGAGAAGAUGAAGGACUUGGUUCAAUAUUCUCCUGUGAUUCUGGACCCCAACACCGCAAACCCAGAACUCAUCCUGUCUGAGGACCUGACCAGUGCAGAAUACAGCAGACAGAAACAGCAGCAGCUUCCUGACAACCCAGAGAGGUUUGGGCUUUGGGGCAGUGUGCUGGGCUCUGAGGCCUUCAACGCGGGGUCACACUGCUGCUGGGAUGUGGAGGUCGACGUCAGCCACAGUGGCACCUGGUCUCUGGGGUUGAAGACGGAGAGUAGCACCAGGAGCGGAUGGUCUGGACACAGGGCAGGAUUCUGGCACAUUUAUAAUCGUUACGAUGAAUAUCAAGCACACUCUCCAGACACGUCAGACUUGGUCCUCAAGGUGGAGCGGAAGCCCCGGAGGAUCAGAGUGCAGCUGGACUGGGACAGAGGAGAGCUGACAUUCACUAACCCUGAUAAUGACACACGCCUACACACUUUUACCUCCAAUUUCACCGAGAGGAUGUUUCCAUGUUUCGGUGCUUAUGACUGUUCUCUGAGGAUUGUGCCGGUGCAGCCUGCAGUAAUGGUGUAGCGCAGUGGUUCUCAACCUUUUUUGAACAAAUGCCCCCUUGACCUCAUCAUAAGCCUCCUAACGCCCCCUUAGUAUUGAAAAAUACAAAAGACUAAUGCCCACCAAUGGGAACUAAGCCCCGCCCCCACUCAGCUGUAUCCUUCUCAACGCCUGCUUCCUAGCGCCCCCGUUGAGAAACACUAGUGUAGCGCUUCAUACAUCAGACACAGUGCAGAUCCGGCAGCAGGAACAGACUGACCAUUCAAUGGAACACUGCGAAUUGAUAAUACUGAUAAUGAAUUGAUUAUACUGACAUGCUGUCAUGUUGUUUGGUGUAAUUCAUGUAAUAUCUAUAGGGAGGGUGGGGGAUAUGAGAACAGCAUUUAAUGUCAUACUCACACAUAUCUAUAUGCAUGCUGGGGAUAUGAAAACAUCAUUUAAUGUCAUACUCACACAUAUCUAU